CCCGGCUCCUCUCGCGGGGAUUGGCUGUUGGCGGCGUUGCGGCUUGGCUCGUGUGCGGCGACGGUGUCGGUAGCGGCUGCAAAGACCGGAGUUUGGCGCGAUGUCUCACACCAUUUUGCUGGUGCAGCCGACCAAGAGGCCGGAAGGCAGAACGUAUGCGGACUAUGAGUCUGUGAACGAGUGCAUGGAAGGUGUUUGUAAAAUGUACGAGGAACAUCUGAAAAGAAUGAAUCCCAACAGUCCAUCAAUCACAUAUGAUAUCAGUCAGUUAUUUGAUUUUAUCGACGAUCUGGCAGACCUCAGCUGCCUUGUUUACCGGGCUGACACCCAGACGUACCAGCCUUAUAACAAAGACUGGAUCAAAGAGAAGAUCUACGUGCUGCUCCGCCGGCAGGCCCAGCAGGCGGGGAAGUGAUGGAGCCGCCGCAGCGUGGGCUGGGGG